AUGAGCAAUAAGGAAAACAGACUUGCAUCAAACAGUAUGACUCCUACUCGAAAACCCUCCGAGUCUUUUGGCAAAAAUAAUGGAACUUCUCGUUCUGGUAGUGCUAAACAGCCUUCAAAACAAAUGACUCUCAUGUCGUUUCUGACUCCUAAGCCAUCCACUGCUUCAGUUCAUACUCCCAUUGUAGAGCCAUCCAAACCUUUAUUUUUAGCAGAAUUGACUGAAUCGGACCAUCAAUCCUGUUCUACUCAUCAAUUUACUUCUGAAAAACCCAAAGCAUGGCCACCAAGAGCAGUUUCUUCUGUGUCGUUAGCCAGUCAAUCUUCAAAUAGCUCAGUCUUGGAUCAUCUGUCAAGUGUAUCUCCAUUGCAUUCAAAAACUCAGAAUCUGAUAGGAUCGCAAUUACUUGGGUCGCACAACUCCAUUUGCCAAUCAGACACCGCAUCGAAUGAGCUUUCGGACACGCUCAUGCCCUCCAAACUAAACGCUGAAAAUGCUUCGAGCGUCACAUCCCCUCUUUCAAAUUCGCUUGGGCUGAAAAGACCUCGAUCAGGGUCUGCAGCCAAUUCAUACAUUGAGCAAGAUAGUGACGAAGAUAUUCCGCUGCUAAAAUUGCGAGCAAAAAAUCGUCAGACAAUCAUUGAAAAGGAUGAUGAUGAUUAUAGCGAUACACCUAGCUGUAUGCUCAAUCCCAAUGAAAUGACCAAAUCAAAAGUGGCAAGCAGUCCAAUAAACUUGCAGGCAUAUACACCAACAAAGUCUUGCUCUAGUACUCCGAAAAACUCGGAUACUACUACGCGCCGGGAUAUGUCGCCAUCAUUAUCAAAUACCACGCCGUCACCCUCUAGGCAUGGUAGUCGAUUGGCUUCAUUGACCAACUCUGAUAGAAAAAAGGAACGAAUUGCACAGUUUAAAGACAAAAACGAACUUAGAUACUCUUGGCUACAAGAUAUCAAAGAUGCAAACAAAAAUGCGCCAGAUGAUCCCAACUAUGAUCCUCGAACACUUUACAUUCCUCCAAGCGCAUGGGCAAAUUUCACUCCUUUUGAAAAACAGUUUUGGGAAAUCAAAGCAGCUCAUUGGGACACUGUUGUGUUUUUCAAAAAAGGGAAAUUUUAUGAACUAUACGAAAAGGACGCUGAUAUUGGGCACCAAAAGUUUGAUUUAAAGCGUACAGAUCGUGUAAAUAUGCGAAUGGUUGGAGUUCCUGAAAGUAGUUUUGAUCACUGGGCUGCUCAAUUCAUUGCCAAAGGAUUUAAAGUAGCAAAAGUUGAACAAAUGGAAAACUCCAUUGGAAAAGCAAUUCGUGAUCGUGAAUCUUCUAAAAAGGAGGACAAAAUCAUUCGACGCGAGCUCACUAGCGUUCUGACUGCUGGCACUCUAGUUGAUGCCGGUUUACUUACAAACGACCUCAACACUUACUGCAUGGCUAUCAAGGAGGAAGUUUCUGCAGAACAUUUACCACCUACUUUUGGAAUAUGUUUUGUUGACACUGCUUCUGCCGAAUUCAACAUUUGCACUUUUGAAGACGACGUUGAUCGCACCAAAUUUACUACGUUGAUUAUGCAGGUUAAACCUACUGAGCUUGUUCUUGAAAAGGGCAUGUUGAGUAAAGCAACUAUGCGAAUACUCAAAAACAGUCUUGAAAAUCCAAUAUUCAAUUUUUUGUUGAGAGACAAAGAGUUUUGGGACGAAGAGGUUACAAUGGACGAGCUUAAUAGAGGUGGCUAUUUUAAAGACAUGGCAUCUACUUUGCCAAAUGAAUCAAGCUCGACAGUUGACUCAUCCUGGCCACAAGCAUUGCGCGAAUCUAUAAACCAUUCUAUCGCCAUGUCUGCUUUUGGUGGUUUACUAUUCUAUCUGCGUUCUCUUAAAUUGGAUACCAGUUUGGUAUCCGCCAAGAAUUUCCACUUGUAUGAUCCCAUCAAAUCAAGUGGUACUUUGAUUCUUGACGGACAAACCCUUGUGAAUCUGGAGCUGUUUGAGAAUUCAUCAGAUGGAUCUGAUCGUGGUACAUUAUUUAAACUUUUAAAUCAAUGCGUGACUCCUUUUGGAAAGCGACUAUUUAAACUCUGGCUCUGUCACCCACUUCAAUCGAUUGAUUUGCUAAAUAGUCGGCUGGAUGCAAUUGAUGAUUUUACUAGUAUUGUUGGCUUAUUAGAUACUGUUCGUUCCAAUAUCUCUAAGCUUCCCGAUCUUGAACGCAUUGUUGCACGUAUACACACAAAGAGUUGUCAUAUAAAAGACUUUAUAUUGGCUCUUGCUGCAUUUGAUCGUGUUUUUACAGUCAUGACAGAGUGUCAGUCUUACAUUGGCAAACUUCAAUCCGCACUAUUAAAACCUUUAUUUUCUGAAAUAUUAAAUCCAGAGCUUAUGGAAUUAAUUCAGUAUUUUAAAGUGGCUUUUAAUCAUCAAGAUGCGUUUGAUGAAGGGAAAAUUCGACUGCAUUCUGGAUAUGACGAUGUAUUUGAUUCUGCAGAUAAAAAUGUGGUCGCCAUUGAGAAAAAGCUUGAUGUAUAUCGCCGCGAAUGCGAAAAAAAGCUCAGUUACAACGGAAUAACUUUUAAAAAUAUUGGCAAGGAAAUUUUUCAAAUGGAGAUUCCAGCUAAAAUCAAAGUUCCAUCAGAUUGGACUGUAAUGAGCAAUACCAAGGCGGUGAAUCGAUACUACACAACUAAAUCUCGUGAAAUGAUCAACGAGAUGCUCGAAGCACAAGAAAUACGUGAAGAAGCCAUGCGACAAAUCAAGACACGUGUGUUUGAGAAAUUUGAUACCCAGUACAAAGGAUGUAUCGGUGACAAUUUUAUUGCCAACGACACUUGUCUGGGUGGUGAUUCUGGAAACGCAACAAUGAUUUUGCUGACCGGACCCAAUAUGGGUGGUAAAUCUACACUGUUACGUCAGACUUGCAUUGCUGUUAUUAUGUCACAACUAGGAUGUUAUGUUCCAGCUGCCAAAUGUCGCCUAACUCCAUUUGAUCGUAUUUUUACUCGGAUUGGUGCAAGUGAUAACAUCAUGGCUGGGCAAUCUACGUUCAUGGUGGAGCUAACCGAAACGUCCAAAAUUUUGCGAGAAGCUACACCACGAUCUCUAGUCAUCCUGGACGAACUUGGACGCGGCACUAGUACCUAUGAUGGAUAUGCCAUUGCAUAUGCUGUACUGAACCACUUGAUCACCAAUGUGCGCAGUCUCGGACUCUUUAGCACUCACUAUGGAACUCUAACAAACGAAUUCCAUAAUCACCCUUUGAUUAAAAUGAUGCACAUGAGUUUCUUUGCCGAUCAAGUCAACAAACAAGUCACAUUUUUGUACAAGCUUGAACACGGAAACUGUCCAAAAUCGUACGGUAUGAAUGUGGCUAGUCUGGCCAAUGUCCCCAAAAAGAUUGUGGAUAGAGCCGAAGAUGUUGCUAAAUCAUUUGAAGAGCGCCAGGUGUGCCAUCAAAGCUCUCAACAAGCACACCAAUUUUCACUUGGAUCACUCAUUACAUUUGCUAAACUUGUCGAGUAUGCCAAAAAACCAUCGUUAUCUGUCACUGACAAAGCCAUUCUUGCAGCUCAUUUGCAGGAAUUGACGAGAUUUUAAACCAUUUGCUACAGUUGAAUUCACGUAAAAUAAAACACUAUUUUACUUUGG